AUGCUGUGCUACUUUCACUCUUCUCUCAUCCUCCAACCCCUCAAAAUCCACAAGCCCCUAACUAUUGUCUGCUCUACCCAACCCAAACCACCACCCAGGAAACGACCCACCGUGGAUGGCCAAAGACCCGCCUUUAGGAACCGUAAGAACUAUGGUGCGUCAAGAAGGUCAAUUCAGAAAACACUCAAGCAAGAGCAGGUGACCUUCACUACUCCAAUCCCUGAUGACCCCAUUGUUGGUAUAAUCGGCGGAGGCAUGGCUGGUCUCGCUUGUGCUCUCUAUCUGGAAAAACGCGGUGUCCGCUCCACCGUUUUUGACACGGGUGUUCAUGGUUUGGGAGGAAGAAUGGGAACCAGGAUAGUAGAUCCUCAGCCUCUGGUAUUUGAUCAUGCGGCUCAGUUCUUUACAGCCAGUGAUCCUCAGUUUGCUGGGUUGGUUCAAGGUUGGUUGGAGCAAGGUCUGGUUCGGGAAUGGCAGGGUACAAUUGGAGAGCUUGAAGUGGGUGGUCAUUUUGUUCCACUUCCUUCUUCUCCUCCAAGAUAUAUAGGUGUUAAUGGAAUGCGCCCCAUUGCUGACUCGUUACUUUCUCAGACUCGUAUGAUUAACGUGGAGAGACCUUGCUGGAUAAGUAAACUUGAGCCCUUCAAUGGGAUGUGGCAUUUGAGUGAGAAUGGAAACCCAUGUGGGAAGUUUGACGCUAUAGUUAUUGCACAUAAUGGGAAAUGUGCAAACCGCUUGCUUGGGUCAUCAGGCUUACCAUUAAUUGCUGGACAAAUGAAGAGACUGGAAUUGAGUUCUAUAUGGGCCCUCCUCGCAGCAUUUGAGGAUCCACUUCAAAUUCCUGGUGAAGGAGCAUUUCCUUUUGAAGGAGCUUUUGUAAAAGGGGUUGAUUCCAUCUCAUGGAUGGCAAAUAAUACCAAAAAACUACAGGGUUCCCAUAGUAAUGGUCCUCACUGUUGGACCUUUCUUAGUACUGCAGCUUAUGCAAAGCGGAACAAGGUUCCACAGGAGAAUAUACCAAAUGCCACAGCAGAGAAGGUGAAGGCAGGCAUGCUCUUGGGUGUGGAAGAAGCACUGGGAUUACCAAAAGGAUCACUUCAGAAACCCUUUUAUACUCGAAUCCAGUUAUGGGGUGCGGCACUUCCAACAAAUACACCUGGUAUCCCCUGUAUCUUUGAUCCUCUUGGAAGGGCUGGUAUAUGUGGUGAUUGGUUACUGGGUUCAAAUCUAGAGUCAGCAGCCUUAAGUGGAAUCUCUCUUGCCAAUCAUGUGGCAGACUAUUUCCAAAGUAGCGGAGGCCGCCCUGAAGAGUUUGCUGUUGGUUUACGCAAUGAGUUUCAACCGCUUAGAGGUCAUGAUAUUGGACAGUUUCCAGGGUUGGAGUCUCAAACACAAACACAGAUGCCUACCCAACAAUCAUACCAACUUACCACUUAA